AUGAAGGUCCCCAUCGAAAUCGUCGAAGCUGUCGUCGACCUUUGUAGACACGAUCCUAGCACCCUUGCAGCGUUCUCGCUCGUCACUAGCCAGCUCAGGGCGAGGUCCCAGUCUCACCUGUUCUCCCACCCCAAGCUCGUCAUCACAUGGACCAUUGAAGGCUCACCCGCACAAAAGCUUCAGGAUUCCCUGCAGUCCAACGAUUCGCUGAUCCCGUUAAUAAAAGGUCUUACGUUUGACCUUCGAUUCGUCCACGACACACCAUGGCCACCACGCAUUUACAUGAACACUGUCGAACCAGAAGAACUAGGGAUGACGAAUAUCCUCGACACCCUUGUGUCGCCAAUUCUCUUGAAAGCCAGACACCUCCGCACAUUGUGCUUGAAGGAAUCAUCGAGGUUUACGGCCUCAAAGUUUCCAGACAACAUCUUCUGUACCCCCAUGCUCAACACCGCUCAACUCUUUCGGUCGAUAGUUUCGACCAAUUUCCAAGAGCUACACCUCAGUGAUUUGCUCUACUUCCUCCCGUCAUCAUUCAUCCACCGCCAUCAACACAACCUCCGACAUUGGGACGCGCACAACUGCUACUUCAUUCAAAACAGCGAUCACUCCCCUGGUUCGGGUGGCCCUCCUACACUAUACUUGGAGCUCCUGACUCUGAGGUGGGGCAGCACGUCGGGGUCACCUCCCGUCAACCACACCGACUGGAUGCGCGCUCCAUGCGCCCGUACAAUCGAUGUGCUCCAAGAGCCUGGAAAUACUAAUGGGCAAUUCUACUUGGCUACCGACCGACUUCGAGCGCUUCGCCUCUCCCUCGACGCGAGUGAAGCGUGUCUCGAAAACACCGGCAAGGUCAUCAAGAACGCCGGUCCUUGCUUGGAGAGGCUAGAGUUCAUCCUGCCCUCGUCUGGGCUUGAUAUAGAAGAAGAGAGUACGGCUUCAACCCGAGAGCUCUUACCCUGCCGACUUUCCUCGAACCUCCGUACUCUCUCGUUCUAUCAAGCACCACCCAGCGGCGUUCCAGGAGCGGCCUCAACCAAUCACGCGAUGACUGUCCUUGGCGCGAUGUCCCUUCUCGACGUUCUCGACAUUCCCCACCUGCAAGAGAUCAAUUUCUGGUUGCAAGAGCCUAAAGAGGACGAAGAUAACGACGGUUGGGGCGUGUGGAGCAGCUUCACCGAGUUCCUGCACACGAGAAGGGCGUCCUUUUCUGCGCUCGAGCGUGUUGGAGUCACGCUUGUACGGUCGGGUGAAACCUCUCGGGGCGGGAAUGAUCUAGCGUAUGCCUUCCUUUACUCGAAUUUCUUGAACUCGGAGAUCAGACGGGAUAUCGACCUGGAUAUUGAAUUUGUACCCAGCGGCACGGAGUUCCCAGACUUGUCCAUUGAUGACUUCGAGUAA